AUGGAUUUUCUUCGCUUCCCCGCCGAAAUCCAGCAUGAAAUCGUCCGACUCCUCGGCAUCGACGAUUUCUUCAAGCUGGCCAGCUCGAGCAAAACGCUGUGGGAUAUUUGCGAGAAUACGCCUGGAAAAUGUUGGGGCGGAAAGUUGUGGAACCACGAGCCAAAUUGUUUCAAGUUCGCGCCGCGUACUGACGAGGCUUAUCGUGAAAUCACACUGAAAGAAAAGGCGCUUCAGCUCUUCUUCAAGAAUUCUUCGGUCUCGGAGUUGGAGCUUGCCGAAUCCGAUUUUCCGAACCCAGGUGUGACUACGAAACGUCUUACGUUGGAUUAUACCUCAGUGAACCUACUCGACCUUUUGAAAGGAUAUAAAACGGAAGCUAAAUACAGUUACUUGAAAAUCCAAUCACUAGAAGUAAAACAAGAAGUCGUUCUCUGGCUAAACGAGUGCGUUGAAGAUUUCGAAUUCACUGCUGCCGUUUCACUACCAGCAUAUACGAAACUAACGAUACCCUCAAUAUGUAUCGUUCGGCAAGAAAACGUUGAGAUGGAAAUGGAACCCUUCUUCCGCACGAUCAUUGGAGAAUGGCUGGCCGGCAAGCGAGAAAUCACCUGGAUCUGCGUUCGUGGCGACGAAAACGGGCCAAAUUUCCCGGAUUUCGAGGGAAUGGCCACAGAGCUAGACGUCGCCGGGGCUCAGGCCGAAUUCGAUAGAGGCGACGGAAAGGUGCUCGUGCUCACCGGGCCACAAACCGAAACUUUUUCGACGAUUUUGGAGGUGUUUGAU